AUGGCGGAGCGGCCCCAACCCGUGGUUGGAGAAGCCAGCCCGGCUGCUGACACUGCCGGGGCGGAGCGGCCUACACCUGAUCCACAUGCGGCACGGGCAAAGGUCCCGCCGCUGCACCUUUCCACACUUCCUCCAUCAGAGGACCAGGGCAGCCUUAUGAACACUGACUCCGUGAGCUCUAGCUAUCGCCGGGCCACCAGCGAAAGUGACGGCACGGAGAGUGGGCCGCAACGGCUCAACAGUAAAGGCAGCGCCGUGAGCCACCCAAAGCGCUUGGGGGCGGAGCCUGAUCCCCCUGUCGACACUCCACCGAGUCUAGGCGACCUAGUGGCCGCCUUGCAGCGGGAUGUUAGCUUCGAUGAUGCAGACAGCUUCGCCCCAGUGCCCGGAAGUCUUGCAGAGCCACACCAGAAG